CGUACGACUAUAGUCGUACAUGUACGACUAUUUCGUAGUUCGGUACGACGUACGUCUGAACAUAGGGUCGUACACCUAUUUGUACGACUAUUUUGAAAUUUUGGUGGUUAAGAUGUUAUGGUUAAAUAUUUUGGUCUCAUAAACACAAUAUAUGCAGUUCUAAAGGCCCUGUCACACUGUCAAAUUUUAGCUUCCAACACCUUCCAAUAUAUUGGAUCCAAUAUCUUUGAGGGUUGUGACGUCACGUUAAACGUCACUAUCGCAGCCAUGUUUAUUUGAGAGAUUGAAUGUCUAGAGUUUCCUUCAAAUAUUUUACGUAUAGGACUGGUUCUAAAAUAUGUUGGAUGUUCGAUGGGAUCAGCCAAUCAGAGUUAUCUAAAAUAAAGCGGCCGCUUUUGUUUCCGUUUCCGAAGUGUAAUAGUUUAUAUAUCAGCAAUGGCGAAUGGGAAAUAAAUGCAGUAAUUGAAUUAAUACUAUUUUAUUUCCUGCUGGAAUAAUUGUUAUUGUAUAUUUUCCUCCAAUUGAAUCUGUAUGUACGGAAGUGCAGGUUAAUAUAUUUGACUAAAAGAAGUUACUGUAGUUUUGGAAUAUUAUGGUCCUUAAACCAGAAAACAUCUAUUCAACUUACGAUCAUUAUUUGAUUGCUAUACCAGUUGUGCUUAUGUUCAGGUAUUGUUGAUACACUUAAUUAAAACAGCAAGCAUUGCGUACAAAAUGUGCCAUCAGGAAUGAGGUAUCAAAACUAGGAUAUGCAUUUCGGAACUUUUACCUACAAAUCCAAAAUGAAUAACACCUAAAGUAAAUUUUAAAAUAUUUCAAUUCAGAGACUUAAUGUAACUAAAAUUAUUUUGGCUUACCCAAUCAAUCUUUCUUAUAAGUCAUUGUUCUCCUUAUUUCACAAUAGCUGCUACUCUGUAAGUAUAUUGUCUGGAAUUUUCUGGAAUAUAGACUCAUAAUUUCCUGACAAUAGAUGGUACUGACUUAUGUUAAAGCAGCAUCUCUGAGUAAGCAAGUAGCUCUGGUGAUUUGCAAGAAAGGCCUAGAAAUAUUAAAAUUCUGCCUACGUGUUCAAUUAUUAUUAUUUAAGUUUUGAAAGUAAUACCAUUUUUCGUGAAUGUAAAUAUUUGUGUAGCAGAUCCUUGUCAGUAAGCCUAUACUUCCAAGGCUAUACGAAACAAGCAUACCUGGUCUAAUAUCUCGUUAAAAAAUUAUUUUAAAGAGAUAAUGUGACUGAGGUGAAGUUAGCUUAAAGGCUCAGGUUGAGGUUUGUAACAGUAAAUACACUUAAUUCAAAAUAAAACAAAAUUGCCAAUUUCUAAACACAGCAAAAAAUAACACAUUCACUUUAAAGUAUACGAACAAUUUUGAUGAAAUACAAGUGAAAGUGUCCAUACAACAGCAGCUAGUUGGGUGAGAAAAUAAGCAGGAAUGAGAAGGGAUAUGCCUACUUGCAGAUUUACAUUUAAUUAUAUGUUUUAUUCUUACUAAACAUACCUUUAAAUAUUGUUUUUGAAGAGCACUAUAAAUUGCACUACAAAUUUCAGGUACAAAUUUUGAGAUGGUGUUGUGUGGAAUACUUGUAGAGAACAUAAGGGACUUAAAUGAUUCCCCUGUCGCCAAAAAUCUUAAUGUAACUGCCAGCCUCUGCUUUGCUGGUAUAUACUGGCACAAAUGAGUAUCCUUCUUUGCAAAUCGAGACUCUACAAUUGAAAGAAGAAGAUCAAAACUUUCAAAAUCCAUUAUUAAAUAGUUCGGAAAUGAAUCGGCAUCUUCGUAUCGAAGUUCAUGACAAAAAGGGGUAAAACACCUUUUGUUUGCCGGGAAAGUAUCCACUGUCUCGUUCACCAUCUGCGUUUCCUUUUCUUAGAUUUCUCUUCUAGUUUACUGAGACUUGCUACAAUUGCAAUUACAGCUACAGCUUUUGAAACACUUUGAUGCUCUUAAUGCAAGCAUUGCAAACACCUGGAAAACGUAAAUUUUAAACUGUGUAUGAUCACAAUAUACCUAAAUUGGAAUAUAACCUACUUAAAAAAGCCUGUGUUCCUUGACCCAAAAUUUGUUUUUGAUUCUAAAUACUGUCAUUUACAGUUCUCUACAGAAUGUUUGGUAAAACGAGCUCACUCAAAGAAAAUUGAUAGUGUGAAAUGACUUCAAAUAUAUUUUACAUUGCUUAUCAAAUAAUAUUGAAUACAAUAUAUUUGAAGACGUAUUUCAUCCAAAAUCACCAUUCAAAUUUUGUUGUCCAAUUUAUUGGAUACAAUAUAUUUGACAGUGUGACAGGGCCUUAAAGAAGCCAAAAUCGAAAAUUGUAAUGAAAUCGAUCUGAAUGUUAAUCCAAUUCAAGAAACAAUCGAUAGCUUCAUUAUAAUAGUUGAGAGGAAUGACAACUGAAUGCACAUAAAUCAAUAUCAUAUUGGAUACAUUAUUAAAAUAUGUGUGAUAUUCUGUAAGUACCUAUCAUCUUGGGAACAGUACGAACAAUUUAAGAAUUUAACAGUUGUUUACAUUGUUUGGUAAAUAUGAGUGACGCAGAAGAUGGGCUAAGUUCGCCACCAAAAAAGGUGUGUAUUCAGCAAAGUGCAGGUAAACACAGGGCUCAAAAAUUUAGAAAAGAGUGGUUGUCUGAAACAGAAUUUAAAGAGUGGCUGUUACCUGUACAUGGAGACGAAUACAAGGCUAAGUGUAAAUUUUGUGGGAUAACACUUGUUACCGAAAUAAGUAACUUAAAGCGGCAUGCAACCGGUGGGAAACAUACAGCACUUAGAAUGUCUGCUACUGUUAGACAAACAUCGAUUUCUAGAUUUAUUGCAGCACCUAAAGUUGAUUUAGACAAAGAAGUUGCAUCUGCUGAAAUAAAACUUUCGGCAUUCAUUGCGGAGCACAAUGUUGCUUUUUCUGUUGCAGACCAUCUCACAGCUGUCAUAAAAGAUAUCUUUUCUGACCAUAAAAUUGCACAGAAAUUGACUCUUAAACGAACAAAAACAUGCAGUAUUGUAAAUAAUGUAAUAGCUGCCGAUCAUAAGGAGAAGUUGGCGAAUAAAUUAAAGAACACCAAAUUCAGCAUCCUUACAGAUGAAUCAACAGACAUAGGGACAAUAAAAAUGUCGUGCAUAGUGGUAAGGUACCAUGAUUUCCAGUCUGGAAGGAUAGAGAGCAAAUUCUGGGAACUAAGAGAAAUUUUUGACUCUUCAAAUAAAGUUGUGUGCGCCAGUGCAGAAAACCUGUUUCGUGGCUUGGUUGCUUCAAUCACAGAGUUUGGAAUUCCGUUGGAAAAUGUGAUCGGAUUUGGAGCAGAUGGAUGUAAUGUGAUGAUGGGUGAACAUAAUUCAGUAUCAUCUCGUCUCAAAGAAGCUUGUCCUGGGAUCGUGGUGGUUAAGUGCAUUUGUCAUUCGGCACAUCUGUGUGCUAGUGAAGCAUGUAAAGUGCUUCCUCGGUCUUGUGAAGAUAUGGCUCGUGAAAUAUACAAUUUCUUGAAGAGCAGUGCUAAACGACAGAGUGAGCUGAAAGAGUUUCAAACAUUUCUUGACAUGGAACCUUUGAAAAUGCUUCAUCCCUCGCAGACCAGGUGGUUGUCUUUGGUGGCAGUUGUUCAACGCAUUUUGGAGCAGUGGGAUGCUUUGAAAUUGUAUUUUACAGACUGUUGGUUGUCACAGAGACUCUUAAGUGCAGAAAACAUCUUCAAUGCACUUCACGAUCCUUUUUUGAAACUGUAUUUCAUGUUCCUUUCAUGGGUUCUUCCGAAAUUCACAAAAUUCAACGAAUUUUUCCAGACGAAGAAUGUUGUUAUUACAGAACUACAUACCCAAUUAAGAGAUCUCUAUACUGACAUUCUCCUUAGUUUCAUGAAAAGGGACUAUGUCAUGAAAACACCACUCGAGGAAGUCAAUCCUGCCCUGGAGAAGUAUCAUCUUCCAGACACUGAGAUGUAUUUAGGAGUUAAAGUCCUGCAGCACAUUGAUAAACCAGAAAUCACUUCCAAGCCCGAUAUUCGCUGUCAUUUCUUUCACAGGUGUAGAACUUUCCUCACGGUGAGUUGAAUCACUUGCAAGCCUCAUUGUUAUUUAAUUUUAAUUUUUGUAACUGAAAUAAUGAUAAAUGUUUGUCAUAAUUUUUCAGGUUGCUGCGCAAGAAAUAAGAAAAAGAUAUAAUAUGAAUGAUCCGGUUCUGUCGAAACUUGGCUACCUGCAACCUAAAGCAGCUCUUUCACCAGUAUUCAGGGUUAACUGCCCUUCCCUUCUUCCACUAGUAAAAGUAGUCCCAAGAAUUGUUUCUUGUGAUGAUGAUGCAAUUUUACAGCGUCUUGAUGAUCAGUGGAGGGAGCUUCCAUUUUCAAGGGCAAGGCUUCCAGAAGAUAUUGAUGAUGUAAACAGUCCUGACAUUUUCUGGAAUAUGCUUCUGAAACCAAGCUGUGACACACAAGAAGCUCAUUUCAAAGAAUUGGCUACAUUUGCACUUCAUGUGCUUAGUCUCCCGCACUCUAAUGCAGACUGUGAAAGAGUCUUCAGUCAGGUAUGAAAAUAUAUGCAUCAUAAAUAACUAUUUUGUUACCUGCUGUUCUUAUUUUAAAAUUUGAGUUUUUGUUAACUGCAAUAUUGUUAGAAAAAUAUAGCAUGUGUAUUUACUUUACAGGUAAAUCUAGUGAAAACCAAAGUACGAAAUCGCCUCCUUCCAAAAACAGUGAACGGAGCUUUGCUUGCUUCCGAGUGUGUGAAGGAAAGUGGUACCUGUGCAUUGUUUCGCCCUACAGCUGAAAUGUUAUCGCGCAUGACAUCAGCAAACUUGUAUGCAUCCAGUGCACCAGAAAACGAUAUUGUGGAUAUUCUCUUCGAAAAGGAUGACUGAGUUGUUAAGAAAAUUGUUUUUUUUUUUUUAACUUAAGUAACAUGUGUUAAUUUUGGUGUAGUUUUUUUCCUUAGUGUAAUUGUUUCCAUGUAAUUUUUUUCCUUCACGAUUGUGUCAUGCCAAUAAAAUACUACCAAAAUGAAUAGCAAAAAAAUCGCCGGAUAAAAUAAAAGUUGGUACUCAUUAACGUUUUAUUUUAAAAAUUAUAGUAUGUACGACUAUUUGCUCCAAUGUACGACUAUUUCUAGUCUUCGGUACGACUUUUGGAAUGUUGCAAUCUGGCAACACUGACUAAUAUAUUAGUAAGAAAAAAAACUUGAAAGUUGUGUUUUUGGGUUGUGUGUGUGUGUUGUAGACAUUGGUGAUUUUGGAUGCAAUUAUUUGGUAGAAUUUCAGAUUUUACACAUCUGAAAAUAUAUUCUUUAGUUUUGUACUAUAAAGUAGGAGUCUGUAAGGGGCUUAUUUUCAAUUAUUUAACUAUUAUAGUUGUUUACCAUUGAAAAACACUUGUGUGUACAAUCGUACACAAAUGGAUGUUGUUGAUCUGAUAGUGAGGAAAAUACAUAACCUAUAAAUAUGUACUUGUGACAUUCGUUAUUUUAGUUACUUAUUAUUUUCUAGUAUUUAUGUUGUGUUAUUUUGUAAAAUUAGUUGAAAAUAAGUGAAAUCAUGGAUCCAGGGGCACAGUGUUCGAAAACUGCUGGUAGUAUAUUGGACAUGUUGGAAAGUGGAGAACUCUCUGACUCAUGGGUGUCAGAUGAUGAUGGUAUGGAUGAUGUUAUUCCUGCGACAGAUACCUACUAUGAGGAAUUUACGAGUAGGAGCUGAUAGAGUGGGAGUGAAUUGUGUGAUAAAUUACAACAGUUCGAAAAGUGAAGAUGAGAUAGGCAACGACAGUCGAACACCUGUCUGUAAUGCAACAGCAACAGACUUCGUCAUGCCCAAGAAAAGUGACAUCAGAUGGCAUCACAACCCAUUGUCAGUUUUGGUACAACCGUACCCAGAUCUUGAUGAUAAUACUUGUGGAACUGAAUUGAACCCCUUUUCUUAUUUCUGCAAGUAUUUACCUGAAUCCCUGUUUGAAGAGAUGGCAGAGAUGACUAACUUAUAUGCAGUUCAGAACAAUAAACCUAGGUUCAAAAAAACUACAUCAACAGAACUUAAGGUCCUUUUCGGCCUUCAUAUUGGGAUAGGAACACUAAGGUUUCCAAGGGUCAGCCUUUUUUGGGAUAAAUCUGUUGGUGUGCACAUGUUUCGAGAUAAUAUGACGUGGGACAGAUUCUUUGAGCUGCGGUGGAACUUGCAUCUCAUAAACAAUUUGGAAAUCCCUGCACACUGCCAAGAUAAGGUUUUCAAAAUUAGACCUAUUUAUAAUGCAGUUCGGUCAAGAUGUCUGGAGUUGCAAGUAGAAGAGCAUAUUUGCACUGAUGAGCAAAUUGUUACUUUUACUGGCAAGCUUAGUGUAAAGCAGUGCGUAAAAGGAGAGCAGUGUCCUUGGGGCGUUAAAAUAUUUUAUUUGUGUGGCAGAUCUGGCCUCGCCUAUGAUUUCCUUAUUUAUUAAGGUAACAUGGAGGAAAUUAACCAGAAGUAACUAAAACUAUAUGGUUUAGGGCCAACUGUGGUACUUCACCUUGUGAAAUUAAUUGGCGAUGCCAAAGGUCAUAAACUCUAUUUUGACAAUUUCUUCUCUGCAUACCAUCUCUUCCAAAUUUUACAAAGUAAAGGGAUCUAUGCAGCUGGAACAGUUCGGGUCAAUAGGUUUGGCAAUACUCCAUUUUCUUCCGACAAAGAUGCAUUGAUAAAAGAACGCGGUUACUCAGAGGAAAUUACAAAUAUUGAUGAAAACGUGACCUUAGUGAAAUGGGUAGACAAUUAGUAUGUCAUGAUGGGCUCUAACUUUAUUGGGAAGGGUGAGACUGAUACAGUUGAUCGCUGGUCAAAGAAAGACAAACGUUACAUAAGUGUUGAACGCCCAGAGGUUGUAAGGUUGUACAACAAUGGAAUGGGUGGCGUUGAUCUCUUUGACCAAAUGGUUAGUUAUUACCGGACCUUUAUUAAGUAAAAAAAAUGGACGCUACGUAUGAUUUUUCAUGCCGUAGACAUGGCCUUGGUGCAGUCUUGGUUUGAGUAUAGGAGAGAUGCUGCAGCUUUUGGCAUUCUGCAUAAAAAACAGAUGAUCUUCUGCAUUUUAGAAUGUGCAUCACUGACUCUCUCCUGCAUGCAGGAAAAAUGGUUCCCUCAAAGAAACGUGGGCGUCCUUCCCUGGAACAGAGCACAUUGUCUGAACCUGUUAUACAGAGAAGAAGAGGAGAAGUGAGACCAUCGCUCGAAGUGCAAUUCGAUGCAGUGGACCAUUUGCCAUUGCACGAUAGUGACAAGUUAGGUACGCGAUGUAAAAUGCUGAAGUGCUCGGGAAGGUCGCGUAUUUUCUGCCAGAAAUGUAAAGUGCAUUUGUGCCUUACUAAAGAUAAAAACUGUUUCCUUGCGUACCAUACUAAGUGAACUACGAUGAAUUGCAGAUCACAAGAGUUGUGUGAUUUUUUUAAAUUUCUACAUAAGUUGUUUGAAUUGUAUCUGUGAUAAGGCCUAUAAUGUUUGUGUGUAUUAUUUUCUAAAAUUUUUCUUGUGUUAUACCUAUAUUUGUAAAUCCUAAUGUGUGUUUGUGAAUAUUUUUUGAGUUUGACUACGUUGUGGACUAUGAUGACAUUUCAGAGGGACUUCAGACAACAGAAUCUAUUUGUGUACAACUAUACACAUAUUUUUUUAUUAUAAAAAAAUAAAAUUUAUGAAAAAUAUUUUUUGGAUUAAUCUUAGAAAAAUAUAUAGGUCCUAAAUAGGUAUGUUUUUCAAAUUUUAUUUCAGAAUUCUGAAAAUUCAGGAUUGAAAGGGUUAAUCAAGUUUAAUAUAGAUACUAAAGGCUAGCUUACAAAUGAUUUAGCACAGAAAAUAGCACACGCACAGAAAAUAGAAACAAAGUUUUUGAAUUGCGCCGCAUACGCACGGGAAAAUAGCACAGGAUCGACGCACAGAAAGUCGACUAACUUUUAAUAUUCUCUGUGCGUGUGCGCUGUGCGCUGUGCGCUGCUCGCUGACCUAACCAAUGAAAACUGGCUUACCACCGAGGUCAUGCGCAAUUGUAAAGGUUAAAUGUGUACGUAAUUUGACUAGACUUGUACAUUAUUGUUUUGAUAUUAGGCACUGGAAGUUAAAUAGUCUCCUUCAAUUUCAACAUGAGUAAAGAGACUAAUUUCGACAUAAGUUUAGUUUGCCUGGUUGAAAGCAAACCAAUUUUAUUUGAUGAAACCCUGGCAGGGUUCAAAAAUGAAGAAGCCAAGAAAAAUGUGUGGCAGGCGAUCGUUGAGUGGCAGGCGAUCGUUGAUGCCUUGUGUGAACAAGGAUAUCAUAUCAACUGUGAAACAGCACAGCAGAACUGGCUACGAAUCCGCCAGCGCUACUCUAGAGAAAGGAACAAAAUAACACCAUCAGGUUCUGCUGGAGGCGUUGAGAGGGAGUGGGAGGUUUUCCCAUACCUUUCGUUUUUGGACAGGCAUGUCAAGCACAGAAAGUUAGUGAUAAAGUAAUAACUGUAUGCAGGUAAUAAAAAGUGAUAGGUGUCUUAAAAGCGAUAGUGGUUUAUGCAGGUUGACAUAAUUUGAUGCAUUGGCCUUAAUCAUUCGGAUGGGAAUGGAAUCCAGUACUGUACUUUAUAAAAGUAAAGAACUUGUAUUUUUUAUUAAUGUUCAUUUGUUAGCUACUUAUUUACUACAACAGCACUUGUUGAUAAAUUUUAGUUAUGCUAAACAAAAUAAAAACUAUUAUUCAAGUUAUAUGGUAGGUACAUGGUCCUAGAAAAUUCCUUGUUAUAUGUUCACUAUAAGGGGGAGCUGAAUUGUUGCCCCUUGGAAGGGCUGCCCUUCAGGAUUUUUCUGGCAAUGGUUUGUUUGUACAGAAUACAUACAUUUUAAGAUACUGGAAGGACUGCCCUUCCAGUCACUUUACAAACACACCACUGUCAGAAAAAUAUUGAUGGGCUGCCCUUCCAAGGGCCAACAAUUCAGUCGCCCCCAUUACAAGCUGCAUUCAACCUUUGUAAAAUAGAUACAAAAUUGUGUAACUAUGAAAGUUACCAUUCUUGAAUGUUUUAUAAUAACGUAUUUGGUGUUCCUGUAUUGCAACUACAUUUAAUUUCCAUGAUCUGUAAUUCUUUUGUUUUUGAUUGAUGAUUUCCAAACGUAUUUGUUUCCAAACAUACUAAACAUCAGUGUUUCUUUUUUUUUACUAGGACAGUGAGUAACAUUACGAGGAAAUCAAACCCCAUUUCCUCAGCCAGUAGUUCUGAUUCAGCAUGGGGUGUGCCACUGACUGAGGAUUCAAAUGACUCUGCUCAGUCAGGUUUCAACUCACCAAUGCAAGAACUGUCAACUCCGCUGAGUGGUUCCCUGUGGCCUGGCUCUGGUGAAUGUGUAGUUCCUCCAGCAGAUAAAUAUUUUAAAAAAAGAAAGCUCCAGGCUGAUUUAACAAAAUCUGCGAUCGCCUCUUCACUGGAGAAAGUGGUCAGUGUAACAAACAAAAUAUGCACACGCCUUGACCAACCAGGGGAAGUAGAUGAAGACAAAGCAAGUUUAAAUUCAUUUACCGAGUCAUUGCUUCCAUUUUGGAAGCGUAUUGCAUUGGAAAAGAACCUUUUUGUUCAAGAAUGUUCUUUUGAUUAAUGUAUAUAUUGUAACGUUGCAAGAUCCCUGCCCUCCUAACUAAAUAUUUUCUUUUAAACUUCUUUUCUGUAUAUGUAAGUAGCAAUAAGUGAAUGUUUUUUGAGUGGUGUGUAGGUUAUGAAACAGUAUGAUCAGACAUUAUGAAUAUUAAUAUAUGUUAUUUGCACGUGCUAUGUGUUUUAAGAAUGUACCUUGUAUUUUAAGAGACGUUUUCAUUCAUUACUAUUUUUUAUGUAAUUAUUCACAAAGAAGUUGCUGUACUAGAUUUGCCUGUAUAGGCCUACUUUUUCAGGGUUUUUCUAAAUAAGUUGAAUUUUGUCAAGUAAUUUGUGUUGGAUUGCUGUUCUUAAUUUUAAUUAACGUGUGGAAUGAUUCUAGAACACGGGACUGUGUCUGAUGUGAUGAUUAAAAAGAGAGGCAUGAGAGGCCUGUAAGUGUGAGUGAGAAAGAAACGGUGCUUACCCGCUAACUGAGAUAAAAGCUGGGAUUCCCCACUGGUCGUGGGAAAUGUGUGAUAACUGCUGUCUCACGGUGUGGGAGAGAGAAAGAGAAUGUAAAGUCCCUGGCUCUAUGGAGAGAAAACUAUUUUCAAUAUGUGUUCUGUGUUCCUAUUGGCUUGUAUCUGUGUGAAUGAAGCGUGCGUGUGAUUGGUCGGUGAGGUCAUGUGACUUCUCCUCCCUGCGUGGAGGAGACAGUGGCAAGAGUUCACCAGUCGUCUGCCGAUUGCUGCACCAGUAGGUCGCGUUCGGUGGCUUCUCGCCAAAUUAUGUAGAAUUUGUGAAGAGAUAACUUAACGUUGGUGGUCAGAGCCAGGCCGAGUAUUAAGUUAACCUAAUUUUUUUUUAUAUUUCAUUCGGACAGUAUCAAAUUAGAAAUUGUGAUCACCUUCGUCGGCGUUUGGCUCGGGGCGAAAUUCGGUUUCGCUGGGUGCGGCCCGUUUCGAGGUCCCACUAGUUUCGUGUACUUACAGUAAAAUAUUACUGAAGGACGUUAUUUUUCGUUAAUUCACAUCGAGCAAGCUGUGAGCAUUUUUCGACAGGCAGAUGUACGUGUUGAACGAGUGAGUAAAACUGUGAAAAAUGAUUGGAUUUGUCUGUGCAUUCUAGUUUGAAAAAAUAAAACAAACACUAAAAAAUUGG